GAGCGAGAAGUUCAAGUUCAAGUUCGAGUCGAGAGGAGGCGAAAAUGAAGUUGAUUUUAGUGACGUGUAUUCUAUCGACGCUUGUGCUUAGCAUACAAUGUCGUCCCCAGGCAGUGCAAUUCGCAGAGCAUCGUACCGCGGCGGACGUGCUGAAGCUUCCAUUCUACGGUGGUGCACGGGGGCAGAUCCUGGAGAUUCGGAAAAACUCCGAUGGGACCGUAGUGAGCAAGAUCCUCCGAGGCGAAGACGAUGAAGACAUGGAACUCAAGGUGCAUCAGAUCGUCGACGAGCUGAAGAACAACGAGGAGAUUCUGGCCGAGGAUGACGAGAUCAAGGCCGCGGAUCAAUCGUUCGGGGACUACCUGUUGAACAUUCAGAAGGCGGCUGCCUCGCUGGUGACACUGCAGGACCAGGUCAAGAAGACGGGAAAGCUGUCGUCGGAUCAGAAGAAGGUCUACGCCGAUAAUCUGGAACGGUUGGGCGUGGCAGCACAGAAGCUAGCGCACAUCCAACAACAGGACGGCGAUCACGAUGCGAUCAAGUUUUUGUUCAACACCGACUACGACCAGCAGAGCAAUGCCGACGCCCAGAAGAAGAAGACCACCUACAAGAUUACGUCAUUCCCGGGCUUCAAGGGCGGCAACAAGGAGGAAGAGCAGAAGAAGGAGGUACUCCAGAAGAAGAAGGAAGAGGAGGAAAACGUAGGCGAAGAGGACGGUUCCCAGGGGGACGAUAGCGUGCAGGUCAAUUCACCCGAAAAGGAAGCCUCGAUUGCCGAAGCAAAACCAGUCGGUCUCGCCAUCGCCGGUGAAGGAGGAGUAGCCUCGUCGAAACCGAUCGCCACUGCCGUCGUCGGAGAUGGAGGUCUGGCCGUAGCCCGUCCCGUUGCCACCGCCAUUGCCGGAAUCAAACCGAGCGAGAUCGGAUCGCUGGGUCUGCCGAUUUCCAUCAACAAGAAACUGGUCACCAAGGGCAAGUACGGUCUGGUUGCCGCCGAUCAGGAUAUCACCGCUGGGCUGCUGGUGGGACCCGGAUUCCAGGAAGCUCGCGUUUCGCAGAACGAAAUUGAAGCCGAAAUUGACGACGCCCGUCAGCAAGCGAUUGGACAGGUUGGAACGCUGGCCCCUCACUUCGACACGGAGAAAUUCUUGGCCAGUUUGAGACUGAGGGCAGCCCAACAGCAGCAACAGCAACAACAGCAACAGCAACAGGCACAGCAACAGCAGCAGCAUGUAGCCGCCAUGGGCUCACCAGCGAUCGCCUAUCAGCCACAGCAGUCGUACAUUCCGCAGUCGUACCCCUUCGCCAACGAUUACCUUAAUGCUGCUGCCCAAUAUUCCGUGUACACUCCAAGCUACCCCCAAAGCUACUCUCAAGCCUACUCUCCAAGCUACACUCCAUACUACUAUAGCCCGUACACCGCUUACCAGAACCAGCUACUGGCCUAUCAGUACCAGCAACAAGCCUACCAGUACCAGCAACAGUUGGCAUUUCAAUCCCAGUACAGCCCCUACGUGGUCAGCGCCAAUCCUCUUCAGCAUUCCUUUCAGCAGUUCGACUAUCCACAACGAGCCUACUACUCGGCUGCCCUCACUGCACCUACCACUGCCAACGCUGCCGCCGCCGCCGCCACCACCACGCCAGCCGCUGCCUACCCAAGCUAUUACAAUUAUCCAUCCUACUCAACCCCAUCGCCAUAUAGAUUUUUCUACUAUUAGUCUGCUGAUCACCAACCCGUCCGGUGGCAGCGAUCCCUACGUACUAAGCAUCAGCUCAAACGGGAAGUAAAACAAUAAGACUUGAAAUUCGUUCCAAAUCUCACGGUGGAUGGCAUCCCACAGGGCGUCCCGUUGGCAAAA